CUGGAGAGCUACAUCCAGGCGAGCGUGCGGCCGGAGAUGGCGCAGCUGCAGCGCGCGGCGGUGCACAACCAGACCGCCACCAUGCUGGAGAUCGGCAGCAGCCUGCUCAACCGCACGGCCGAGCAGACCCGCAAGCUCACCGACGUGGAGGCCCAGGUGCUGAACCAGACGUCGCGCAUUGAGCUGCAGCUGCUGGAGACCUCCCUGUCCACCAGCAAGCUGGAGAAGCAGCUGCUGCUGCAGACGAACGAGAUCCACAAGCUGCAGAACAGGAACAACGUGCUGGAGCUGCGCGUGCUGGAGAUGGAGAGCAAGCAGCAGGCGGAGCUGGCGGGGAUGCACUCGGACAAGGAGCAGCUGCAGCGGCUGCUGAGCCGGCAGAGGGCCCAGCUACUCGCUCAAGGGCACCCGCAUGCUCAUCCGGCCCGCGAGUUUCUAGCGCGCCGGGCGGCACCGCGGUGGCGCCGGGCACCCGCAGCCCCGGCCGCGGUGCUGGAGCCCCGGGAAGGGGAAGCGGCCCCGGUGGGCAGCGGGAUCCUGGUGCCCCAUCCCCUGGAUAUGAGCCGGGAGCACCCCACGAGCUGGGAGAGGCAUCUCCAGGAGGGGGGACAAGCUGGAGCAGAGGGUCCCGACCCAGCGCUGUUGGGCUGA